GCUGCCAGGCGUCACACCAGUUUAUAAUAAGGAUCCAACAAAAAAAAAGUUGUCGAGUGAACGGACUGAAAGAAGGAGAGAAAAAAAAAAAGGAACCCUUCCCACUCUCCAAAAAUCACGGGGAGUGACUGUGACAGGAGGAAGGGGACAGAGAGAGAGAAAGAGAGAGAGAGAGAGAGAGAGUAAGGCUGAAGAAUCCUUCAGCAAGACUUCAUCACGUUUCUUUCAGGACUGCGCAGACCGGAACGGACCACAAACCAAACACUACACUGGACUGAUAAUCAAUCGCGGUGAAUAGCAGCUGAGUUGGAGACUUGUUGUUGGAGACUUUUCUUGGAGGAGCAUGCGGCUCAGUUUACUAUUCAGACUCUAUGUGCUGUGGGGCGUUGUGGUGGUCACGACCUCCGUGACCAAGGCUGCCAAGAAGAAGGUGACGGGCAGACGGUCCAGACAGGUGUUUGAGGCGGAGCCUAUAGAGGGGGUGUGGUCUAUCUGGGGAGAGUGGUCUGAAUGCUCUCAGACCUGCGGUGUGGGCGUGUCACAGAGGAUCAGGAAGUGUUUACCUCCUCCCCCUCCCCAAGCUCCUCCCCUCUCUCGCUCUACACCUAAUUGGGCGGGCUACGUGCCUGGGGGCAUUGGAGGCCCAGUCAUCUCACCUGUGCGGCCCUACUACCCUCCUCGUUACCCUGGGCAACGCCCAUCUUAUCACUCCCAACCGAACCCCACCAAUCUCAACCCAGGCUUGUCGCUGUUCCGCGAUUCCAACGAUGGAGGAGGAGGAGGAGGAGUAGGAGGAGGAGGAGGAGGAGCUCCUGUGCUGGGACAGGACAAUCCAUCACCUCCUUUUUACCAGUCAGAGUUCUCCCCAACCAAUCAAGACCACAUGUCAGUUUACCGAUCGCCGUAUCAGCCUCCGUCACACGGCUACAACCAGCCGGCACGGAUCAUCAGGAGACCGACCAAUCCAGGAGCAGGCAGGAACGGAGGGGGCGGGAGCAGGAGGUCGAUCUCCCCCAAUCGGGAGGGUUUACCAGCCAGGAGAUCUUCCAACAUCCGUCCGGGUCAGUUUGGGUACGGCAGAGUCCCGUUCUCUCUGCCUCUUCAUCGUACAAACCGGCAGGCUCGCCACACUGCUAAUGGAACUGAAGGUGCAACAUCAGGACCUGAACUGGCCACACGUGAAGACACCACAGAGAACAGGAGAGAGGAGGAGGAGAAGAAUAAGAGAAGUAGAGAGGACAGGGAGGCCAGGAGGAGUGAGGAGGAGGAGGAGAUCACUGAGGGACCUGCUGCUGAGGAACCCCCCACAAUGACCACGACCACAGCCAGCAUCCCCCAUCGCCACUUUGUUAGACCCGCACAGGCUCACACAGAGCACAGCAGGGCAAGGGAGCGAACCCCGCACUUUCACUCCAUCUCCCGCUCCUCGUCCCCAUCGCUGUCUCUCCCAUCCAGCCGUCACCGCUUCGACUGGCACUCAGUCACCGCCCCGCCUCCUCCCAUCUCUCCCCUCUCGCGCCCUAACUCUCCCGCCGCCUCGCCUUUUUCCACGCCACUCCAUCGCUCUGCUGCCGCGCACAGAGACAGGGAGCUCCACCCAGGCUUCAACCACCAGGUACCAGCCGCAGGGAACAUCUACCCGCUGCAGCACCAGCACACCCCGCACCUGGGGGACGAAUCAGGCAGGGAUGGAGGAAGAGGAACUCCACAGGUUUACAGAUGCUCUGGUCCAGAGAAGGAAUACCGCAGGUGCUUCUCGCAGGUGUGUGGAGGAGGCACCUUGGACUCCAGAGCAGAGCAGUGUGCAGCAUUUAACACCCAGGAGUUCAUGGGUCGCCUCUACAAUUGGGAAGCUUUUACUGAGGCUGGUGCCGACAAGCAGUGCGAGCUGACCUGCAGACCUGCUGGCUACCGUUUCUACGUUCGCCAGGCUGAGCGCGUCAGGGAUGGGACUCCUUGCUUCAACGUCAGCACAAACGAUGUGUGUGUAGAAGGACGGUGUCUGACUGAGGGCUGCGACGGGGUUCUUGGCUCUGGCUCUGUGAUUGACAAGUGCGGGGUGUGUGACGGGAGGGAAACCUCCUGCCGAAAGGUGACGGGAAGCUUCCAAAAUGUCACUGUUCCCCUUGGUUACCACAAGAUCCUGGACAUCCCGCCUGGAGCUACAUUCAUUAACAUCAUGGAGAGACGAGCAAGCCCAAAUUACCUUGCAAUGAGGAGUGGCACCGGGGUGUCGGUUGUAAACGGGCGUUGGGCGGUGGACCCACCAGGGGAGUACAAGGCGGGAGGGACAACCUUCACCUACACCCGACCUAGACUACACACGGAGGGGGAGGAGGAGAACGGGGAGACCCUCAGGGCGCGAGGACCGACCACCACCCAGCUCCAGCUCUAUAUUAUAUUCCACAAGGAGAACCCGGGCAUCGACUAUCAGUUUUACAUCCCCGUGGAGAAGAAAGAGGGAGAGAGGGAGAGGCUGACGGUGAGAGAGAGGGAGACGCCCAGAGAGGCAGCACCCAGAGAGAGGCUGAGGGAGCGAGAUCCAGGGAGGGCACCUCUUCGCAGUCCCCUCACUGUGUCAGUAGAAGGACCUCCUCCUGCUCCUCCUCCUGUUUCGCUCCCUUCGUUCCCCUCUCACUCCUCUGACCGUUGGGGACCCGAGAGGUCACGUCCUCGAGGCUCUGCGCCCAACAGGAAUGCUCGGAUCCCCCCUCGCACUGACCUGCCACUGGACACUCAGCCACCUUUUGUGUGGAGGAGAGGCGGGCUCACAGAGUGUUCAGCUUCCUGCGGCAAAGGCCACCAGCACAGAGUCAUUCUGUGUAUAGAUCGCCACACAGACAAGGAAGUCCCAGAGCGAAAAUGUGAUUCUGCAGCUAAACCUGUCCCUGAGGAAGAGCCGUGUAACACACACCCCUGCCCACCAUUCUGGGAGGCUAGUGCGUGGUCCGAGUGCAGCGUGUCCUGUGGCCCCGGGGUGCAGCAGCGGCAGCUCCAGUGCAGGCAGAGCUUUGGAAAUCGCUCCACCAUGGUCCAUCCGCAGCGCUGUGCCAACCUCACCCCACCAGAGUCCACACAGGCCUGUCAGCUCGCCCUCUGCUCCCACUGGGAGGUCAGCUCUGACUGGAGCACGUGCUCUGUGGACUGUGGAGUUGGGAGCAGGACGAGAGGCGUGCGUUGCGUCAGCGAUCAAGGUGCUGUGGUGAAUGACAAGGACUGCAACUCCAGAGCUCGCCCACAGGGGAGCGAGGAGUGCAACAUGGGGCCGUGUGUGACAAACUGGUACUUCACUGGCUGGUCCAACACGUGUUCAGCGCAGUGUGGCCCCGGGGUGCAGAAGAGGGAGGUGGUGUGUCUGACCAGAGGAGGGGUGAGAGAGGGUGAAGGAGGAGGGGACUGUGUUGGGGAGAAACCAGCUGAGAUGAAGGCCUGUAAUGGGGGACCCUGUGUGCCUACGACCAUGUGGUACAGCAGCCCCUGGACACAGUGUAAUGUCCCCUGUGGGAAUGGAACUCAGAGACGAGACAUCAUAUGUGUCCAGAAAACGGGGAAUGAUUUGGCCAUCGUACCGGCCAGUGAGUGCGCUAAUCUGGACAAACCUGCAGCUGUUCAACAGUGUGAGAUGGGAGAGUGUCAGCCGCAGUGGUUCACAACGGAGUGGAGCGCUUGCUCACGUUCUUGUGGAAAAGGCUUACAAAUGAGGGAGGUACGGUGUCUGACGCAGGACAAAAAGCACAAUCAUGAAUGUGAUGCCAGCACCAAACCUGACCAGGAGCAGAUCUGUAACACGAUACCCUGCAGUCCACAAGUAUCAGAUGAAAACUGCAAAGACAUACGUCAUAACUGUGUGAUGGUGGUUCAGGCCAGGCUGUGUGUCUACUCCUACUACAAGUCUGCCUGCUGUGCUUCCUGUACCCAGAGUGCUCAGCGUGCAAAGAGGCACUGACCCACCAAUCACCGCCCAGGUGUGAGAGAGGCAAGGAUUAUUACAAAAGGGCUCAUCAGAUCGUAAAGAAAUGGACAGCCCAGAAUAGACCUAAUCCCUGCGACAGUUAACAUUUAGCUAUUUUCUCCCGAUUCUUCAGGGAAAACAAUGUGAAAGCAGCCGGUUUCUUUUUUCCAUAACGCUGUUUAUAGUGUCUCUUAGAACCGCAUAUUCCUCUGAACUUGCCUCUUUUUACUCCAUGCGGUAGCUUUACAUGCGUCACCCAGGGCUGAGUGAUGCAUUCGCUGUCAUUUCACACAACUUUCUUGGUUGAGAGAUUGUCAUAGGAGAAGCUCCCUGAAGACACAGCUGUGUUUCAGCAGCAAAAAAAAAAAAUUAUAUCCUCUCUUAUCUUCAAGGACUUAAAACUGCUAAAAUCGGACGUGCAUACCACUUAUUAAUAUAAAAAAAUGUGCUGAUCAAAUAAUUAGCAUGUGCACUAGAUAAGCUGUGUAUUAACGUGUGCUAAAGAUCUACCGGAAUAGAUCUACUGUAUCAUGGACACUGUCAAUCUACAGUUGUCUACCCCACAAAUCUAGAAGGAUUUCAUUUACAAAUCGUUUUUGUUUUUUUGUUGGCAACAAAAACAAAAAAGUCGUGUAGUGUCCUCUUAUUGUUCACUUCAGUAGUGGAACAGAUGAACCAAAGGUGUGAGCCGUACAUGGCAGUAAGUGACCAAAAAUAUUUCAGAACAGGAAGAGGUGAGAUUCUUCCCACACAGAACAUAAAACACAAAGAGAUAACACAUGAUAUUUUUUACUUUUCUACUUGUAAAAAUGAUUUUUGACUUCCCAGGCAUGCGUUCCCAAGCCUUAUUUGGUCCCUGCAUUGUAAAUCUCUUACAAUGACGCACAAGUAAAUAGUUUGAAAUAUGUUAAAAUGUUCAGUAUUUUCAAAAGUGGCUGGGACCUGUAGUCAAAUAAGAGAAACAUUCUACUUGUGUUAGGAACUAUUUUAAGCUGUGGAUUUUCUCACAAUUGUGAACAUUAAAGACACCAGGACUGUGGGAUCGAGAACAACUUAACUAUUCCCCAUUUAAAUCACAAUGAAUGAGAACAACACCCAUUGCAACAGUGUUUUUAUAAGCUUUAUAUGAGCCUCUCACUGGUUUGUGUAUUUUUAUUUGAUUUCUAAACAAUUAUAAAAAAAAGUUGAACAUAUCUCCUUCAAUUAUGAACUUGGCAACGCACAGGUUUUGAAAAGUGAUUCACUCCUGGCUGACCUAAUUUUUUUUGCAUUUGAGUGAUCCCAUCCCCAUUACAACUGCGUUUUCAUAUCUGAGGAACAACUUCAUGUCCUCCCUUUUUUCUCACCUCAUCUCAAUACAUAUUUAAUGUGAUUCCAUCAUCUCCUUUUGGAGAGAGGGUGAUGAAUCUGUCCUAUGAGAGUAGGUGAAGCCAGAAUUUGAAAAACUCAUGGAAACCACAAAAGAAGCUGCUUCUUAAAAGAGUGUUUUAAUAGAGCAGCUGAUUAAACGGAUCAAAUGCAAUCAUGUUGCUUUGAUCUGAAAGUAAAUAUGUCACAUAGUGAGACAGAAACCUCUGUAUAUGUGUGUCUUUAUGCCUUAUCUUUCUCUCUUUUUUCUCUUACAACUUGUUUUUACUAUUCUUUUCUUCUCCUUAUCCAUCUCCUAAAAAGGAAUAAACACACAAUAAACCCUGCCUUCACAAAGGGGAGGGGUCUGUAUAUUUGUCAGAUAUGUUUUAAUGUCUAUAUUUCUUUGAACAUAGAAGGCGCUUAUGUUUUAUAACUGAGUAAUUAGAAGUGUUGUUGUAGACUGCAUUUAUUCACAUCAAACUGUUAUAUUACUAUUGUUUCUGUGCAUUUGACAAGAAUCAGUGACUAUACUGUUCUGAGUUUUGAAUGUGUGCAUGUAUGAGUUGUCUGUUAUCGUUAGUUUGUGUGUGUGUGUGUGUGUGUGUGUGUGUGUGUGUGUGUGUGUGUGCGCGUGUGUGUGCGUGCGUGUGCGUGCGCGCGUGUGUGUGUGUGUGUGCGUGUGGUUCUGUGUUGUAGCUGCAGCACGUGUUUCAUUCUUGUCUCUUAUCCCUUGUAGUAAAAAAAAGUGUUUUAUACAAAAACAAAAAGGAUAGUAAUUUAUAUAUUAUCUGAAGAACAUGUAAUUUAUUUUCUGUUUUAAGGAGCUGUAGCAAAUUAUCUUUGUUACCACCAGAGUUUAUGAGAUUGUUAUUACGGAUACACAGAUGAUUUUUUUUAUCAUGCAACAAAAAAAAGUGUGGAAAAAUUAUUAUCUCAAAGCUUCGUUUUAAAUAAAACUGAAACAGGAAUGAAGUGUGAUGUUUUUAUUUUGUCUGGGGGUUAGGGAUGAUAUUUCCAGUUUCCUCCAAAUGAUGGCGAUGUUGAGUCUCACAGUGACUGAGCAGUUGUCCUCAGGAAAUGAGUUGUCUGUGGGGUAAAUGUCUCUCUGUGGGGCCAAGUCUGCAUUGUGACUAGUUGUUUGCUUGUUUUGUUUUUUUCUAAAUAUUAAAUGAGGUUUGGAUUGCAAGCAUGA